GGACCACUUGCCUUUAGUUUUCUAAACCAACGCCACCGGUGACCCUUACCUUUCGUAGCAUCAUGGCCGCGAAGUUCGUAUCUGCGCUGCUGCUUUCAACGUUGCUGCUGGUGGUCGACUUCGAGCCAGCCAACGCCCUCCGAUGCUGGCGGUGCUCGUCCGACGCCUCGACGGCCGCCUUCUGUGACGAUCCGUUCACGCAGGAGAUCGUCAACGAGCAGCAGCGAAAGUGGAGCUACGUCGAAUGCAACCACCCACCGCAGGCCUCCUACCCCUUCAACCAGCAGAACCAGCAAACGCGAGCCGUGUGCAAGAAGAUGAAGCAAGUCAUCAACGAUCGUGUGGUGGUGUCGCGCUCCUGCUCCUUCGAGGACGUCAAUGCGCCACCGAACGCGUGCACGAACACCCAGACGCCGUCGUACAUCAAAACCGAGUUCUGCGAGACCUGCCUCACCGACGGCUGCAACGGUGCAUCGCAGUACGGGCCGGCGGCGGUGCUGGUCCUCGUUACCGCCUUCCUGGCGAAACUGUUGUCCUGGUAAAGUGGGGCCACCGAAAAAUGCAAGCGAAGUAGCUACAUCAUACGCGCCCAGUCGUCCAGAGCAAGGAAGGACAGAUUUCUACAGCGAUCGUAUCUCUCGUUUCGAACAUAAGUGCACGACGGAAUUGUCACACGUUUUUGCGGAAUCUCAUAGCGCACCGGCUCACCGGACGAUGCCUUAGGACGCUGAAAGUGUCCGGUAGGAGUAAAAGUAUUCAGAAUCGAAUCCAGUUUUAAAUCUGCAUAAUAAAUCAUAAAGGAUGCAACAUACUACAUUAAGUUUGAAGUGUACGUUACGAAAGCGAUCUAUUAACAUGUGUACGUUAGAGUAAGUUAAACCGAUAAGCAGGAAGAUCAAUGUACAAAUUUCAUUAAUAAAUCACAAGCAUAUCAGUUUACAGCAAUGGCAGUCCAAAAACAGCACUAAAAGCUGCAAAUACAAAUAUUUGACCCAAAUUGAAUAUCAGGUAUGAUUCCAAUUCCAGAAGUAUGAUUUCAUCCACACUGACUUUGUUGCAUGUUACAUGAUUCAAAAUUCUAAUAGAUUGAUUGUAGAUCACUUGGAGUUACGUGCUUAUCGUAACCGGAAUGAUAAUGUUACAGAGAAAUUUGUUUUACAGUUGAAAAUGUUACCUAAGAACAAAUAUCCGUUUAAGAAACAGCUGACAUCCAUCCCAUAUGUUCUACGCAUACCGAAUAACACUAAAUGUACAUAAUUUAAAGUAAAUUCAAUAAAGU